CAGCAAACCAUACCCACACACGGUAUGCGCCUCCAGCCUCGGGAAUGACCUUUUGAAGGCAUACGGCGGUUUUGACGGGCAAUCUCAGCGGCCACGAGUUCGUUCUUGCAACUCUCACGUCCGCGGCCGAUCUUCCUGGGAUGUCAACGCGGGUUUUCGAUCUGAUCAUCAUUAAUGAAGGAGGACAGGCUAUCGUGCCGGAGACCUUACUUUCAUGUCGAAGAUGUUCGGACGCUCCUGGUUGCGAUCACCUGACGCUAGGCCCGACAAUCACGUCGAUACGUGCCAAGGAUGCUGGUUUGCGUCACUUGCUUGUGGCUUUACUCAGCAAUGUGAGGAAUAUCGCUACCACCGCUGUCAGCCAGCAAGUUUUUAUGUUCCUAUACGAAGGCAGAUGGACGACCGCUCUGACCUAUGUCUGAUGAACAAUUAUCGUUCACAUGGCUCAUCCAGUUUCCGUCGAAGCAGUUCUUCGAAGGCGCUCUGCGUGCGCGCGGUAACGGAGUCCAUCAACAUCUUCACCACUUGGGACCAUCUGCAGAAGAAGGAAUGCCCGAUUUCGGUGGAUGCUACCCUAGCUCGCAUGCGAGAGAUCGUCUCUGACCUCGAACAUCUGCAAAGGGACGGCGUGAUUCUUCUAAGAGACGUGACAAGACUGGAAACUGACCAAGGAGACGGAUUCUGGAUCAAAAUACCGAAACCUAAGACCGUCACCGACAACUAUCAACAUCUAGUGCUGUCGCCGUACGAGGAUCAUCACGUCUGCCCGGUCAAGGCAUUGGAAGCUCUCCUGAAGUGGCACGCUACUCGUAAACACAAACCCACUACUCUGCUCUGGACGCUCGAAGAUGGGAAACUCUGCAGCAGCACAUCCUUGAAGGCGGCGUGGCAAAGGCUCACAGGCCACGAGGCGGCAGCAUCUUCCUUCAGUGCCGGUGGCGCGACCCCUCUCGCAUUCUUAGGCUUGACAGCAUUGGACAUUCAGCUCGGAGGCCGCUGAUCAAUUUCUUUCUCCCGCUAGUUGCGGUCCACAGAAGCAAAAUGGUGUCGCUACUGUCGUUUCCUACAAGCACAGCUCCAGCGGGAAUCGGGUUGUAGUCGAGACAAUAUGCUGGCCUCAGCCUGACGGCGAGGAGAAGAAAGGGUUCUUCCUCUAUGCCGGUCUGGCCCGGCAAA